UUAUUAACUCGUGGUGAAACGAUUGGAUUCCACACACAGCGUCAUUGCGAGCUAUAGAUAAGAAAGUGUUUCGCAGGUACAGCUAAGAAUUCGCGUGGAGGCUUUUCUUCCCCCUCCAUUCCAGGAAACCCGGCCUGGAUUUCACCGCGUGCCUAUCAACUCCAUUCAAAACGAACAGCGAGUAGGUCCGAUAAACCGGUGCUCGGAUAAUGGCAGUGGUGCACCGGGGUCAAGCUCAACGGUUUAAACAUCGAAAACCCUUUGCUGCAAGGAAGGGGGAGUCUACACUCAUUCGCUCCAAGUACCCACAGAAAGUCCCGGUCAUUGUGGAACGCUAUCCCGGGGAGGUGUAUUUGAGCUCCUUGGAGAGGACUAAGUAUCUGGUUCCUCAAGAUGUGAUCAUGGGUCACUUUAACGCCAUCAUCAGGAGCCGGUUAGCUCUGACAUCCAGUCAAACAAUCUACCUUGUUGUGAAGAACAGGAGCCUCACCAAUAUGUCUGUCACCAUUGGUGAAGUGGACCAGGAAUUCAAGGAUUCUGAUGGCUUCCUGUACAUCUCCUACGCAUCCCAAGAGAUGUUUGGUGCGAGCUAGUGAGGGUCUGAAUGAAUUCCAAGUCUAGAAAUAGAUGGAAAGAAAAAUGUUCUCAUGAUUUGUAUUGUCACUCACCAAUGCACUGUAGGAGUUAUUUCAAAGUUUAAAAGGUGAAGUUUAACAAUUGGAAGCAUAUGGUGGACACUUAACAGGAAUUUUAUUAAACUAUUUUAUAUUAUAACCCCCACAAAACUUACGCCUUUAGAUGAGAUGUACUUGAACAAGGGAAAUCUGGCAUUCAUGACUCUAUUUUAACAUAAUGGGUGCAGUUUAGUUUGCUGCAAGUGUAACGUCCACAUUAGUAGCUUUAUUCUGCCAGAUCAAUCUUCUAACAAACCCGCACACAGAGCUCUGGAGAAGUACCAAGUGAACUGGUGUACUGCAGGACUUAACAUUCCUUUUAUGGUGCUGGUACUAAUUCCGAGUCUACACUGCUGUUUAGCCGUCUACAUUGUUUAAGCAUGAACACGUUUGUCACUUGUGCUUGCUAGUGUGUUUUUCUUGACACUUUCCCUCUAUUUUAUUGGUGUUCCCUUUCCAAUCCUGGUUUUGAAAGAAUCUAAUUUGUAUUCCAAAUUUUAACAAUUCAAAUCAACAAACUUGUAAUUUCAUUAAAGCCCUUAUUAAUGACAUG